CCGUUUAUUUCAUUUAUUUAUCAGCGGCAGGUUGGGUGUGCGCUUGCGCAGCCGGCGCAUAGAACAAGGUGGCAUAUUCAAGGAGAGCAACUCUAGUAACUUUUAGACACUUACCUUUCCUGGCAGACAGCCGCUGGAGGAAAAAUAUUGUCCACAAUGGAAGUUCAACCAAUGGUUGUCACUCAGCCACCGAUGGUGGUAACGGUCCAGCCCAGCAGAAACUAUUGGCAAACGGACAUAUGUGACUGCUUUAGCGACUGUGGAGUCUGUCUCUGCGGAAUGUUCUGCUACCCUUGUUUGGCAUGCCAAGUUGCUGCAGCUAUGAAUGAAUGUUGUUGCUGUGGCGCAACUGUGGCCAUGCGAGCUGUUUACAGGACAAAAUACGAUAUCCCUGGAUCCAUCUGUGGAGAUACCUGCAUUGUGGGGUGUUUGCCCGUUUGUUCCCUCUGCCAAAUCCAGAGAGAUAUCAAUAGAAGGAAAGCAAUGGGGAUAUUCUAGAAGACUUCAUCCUAAGCUCCUUUACAUUUGUCCCUUUUUUUGAUUAGAAUUCUGAGAAGUAAGAUGCAUUAAAGUAGUUUGUAGGAAGAGCCAUUAUUUAGAGGCACCCUUGUUUUAUAAUUCUAAGCAUAUUCUUAACCCUGAAAUGAAAUUUCAGUAGUGAUUCCGAGCUCAAAAUCCAGUCACACAAAAACUUGCUCUUGUUUGUCCGGGUUUUGCUUGUUCUUCCUGUUUCUUCUAAAAUGGAAAACAAAACAUUUUGGUUGCUGCUGCUGUUAAACAAUUCAGAAUUUUUUAAAAAACCUACUAGAGCUUUGAAGAUUUAUUGAUGGAUCUACCAUUCUGCCUUUCCUGUUUUUUGGGGCUCCUGGUGAUUUUGGUUUGCAAGAUGUAGUAACUGGAGAAUAUAAGGUAAAAUUAGCCAUAACUAGCCAACCUGAAAGGGCUUGCUCUCCAGAAGUGGGCGGCUAGAACUGUUGCGAUUCCUAGCCAUCACAGCUUUGAAUUAAAAGUGAUAUAAAGCAGCGUUUGUGGAGAUCACAAUCUUAAGAAGAACUAGCGUACCUGAUAGUUUAGCUAGUAAACUAUGUUGUUCUUACUCUCCUACCGUAGCUAGUGAUACACCCUUUCCUAAUGCUGGUGUGGAAAACUGCCAGACAGGCUGCAGGGAGGAAUCAAGUGAGGGCCUAGCUUGGAGUUCAGAGCGCUUGGGCCACCUCAGGUGCUCAACAUGAGUGCUGUUGAGUUGGCCACGCCCCACCCUGGCAUCCUGAGGUCAAACACAACCCUGAUGUGGUCCUCCAUGAAAUCGAGUUUGACAUGCCUGGUUUAGCUAGUAAAAUAUGUUAUUCUUAGUCUCCUAGCCAAUGCUACAACCUUUACUAAUGAUGGUAUGGGAAACUGCCAGGAAGGCUGCAGGGAGGAAUCAAGUGAGGGCCUAGCUUGGAUUCCUUGAGCAGCUGCAAGCGCAUAAACUUGACCUCCCUCAAGAUCCACAAAGCCUUAUUUGGCUUUUCCCACAGGAACACAAGCUCUCUAGUGAGAUUCUUGUCAUGUAGGAGGUAGACGAUAUAGUUACUGACUUUCGUUACUCAUUAGUGGUUCCAGGUGGUUACACCUGACAGCUGGUAGUCUCUGUCCCUUUUCCACCACUAUGACUGAGUUUCAUUUCUCUGAGGCUGUCAUAAUUCGUAGUAAAAUUAAAGCCCUUUUUACUUGAAAUUCUUCUCAGGAUGAUGUUUUCUAGACCUCCAUUUAUCAACGUCAGAACACCGAGGUGGUAUGUGGGUGUUAGAAUUGUAUGCUUCAUGAGAGUUCCUCCAAAAACGGAUACGAACACAGAAUGUGCAAACAAUGGAAUCUGCAAGAAUGAAGUCCGUUCCUUAAAGAGAGAUGGUAGGUGUGAGUAGCUUUGGGAGCUAGAGUUUCUUAGGACAGAAAUGUCUACGGAGAUUCUCAGUCACCCAGAUCGUGGUUGCCCCAAAGGUGCAGUGGCCGAAUCAGAUGGGGAGGCGGAAUGUGAGUCGAAGCCAGCAUCAAAGCAAUCGGAGAGCUCUGAGGGGGAAGAGAGUAUGGAGCUGUCCGAGAUAGAGAUAGAGAUAGAGGCGGAGCCUGGGCCACCCAUCAGCCCCCAGAUAGAGAGUCAACAGCCCCCAGGUUUGGAGGUGGCUGAUGAGGAAGAGGAGAAACAGCUGGGUCCAGUGCCUAACAUGCAGAUGUGCAGAAGGCAGAGUAGAGGAGAACAGCGGGAAGCUAUGGGGCACUCCUCAGGAUGGAAGAACCACCGCUGCUAACUAAGCCCCACACUAACUCUAGGGGAUAAAAGGCAGGGGGCAGAGACAAAUAGUUGUAGCAGAUGACUAUUCUUCUCCCUGUCGGUCAGCCAGUGAUAUUCUUUAUUUCUGAAUCCUGUCAGGAACUUUAUUGGAAUUCUUUCUUGGACUCUGCAGCGCUUAGAGUCCGGUGCUCCUUCGAGCAUGUGUGUCUGUUUGCCUGCUGCUAGAUAAGAGCGAGCACAACUUCCAGGACUUCCUUUACAAGUGUGGGUAGAGAGAGAUUUCGGGUGUGUUGGGGCCAUUUCAGGGGGAAAGGAAACGAGCUUCGCUUUCCACAGGCACUUAAAGAUUUCGUUAGCCGGUUGUGUGAGAAAGAGAGAGAGAGAGAGACUCUUGGCCAGGGCUGCUGGUGCUCCUAAUAAAGGGAACAUUUAUUACAAACAGCGUGCUUGUUAUAUUUGGGAGCCAGGUCGGAAUAACCCACACCUGUGGGUUAAGACAGAGAUAUCAAUUAUGUCAAGAAACAACUGAUCUGAUCUGCCAUUUUCUCCUGUCUACUAAUUUGACUCAGUUUUUUUAUUUUAUUUGCAUUUAUAUCCCGCCCUUCUCCAAAGACUCAGGGCGGCUUACACUAUGUUAAGCAAUAGUCUUCAUCCAUUUGUAUAUUAUAUACAAAGUCAAUUUAUUGCCCCCAACAAUCUGGGUCCUCAUUUUACCUACCUUAUAAAGGAUGGAAGGCUGAGUCAACCUUGGGCCUGGUGGGGCUUGAACCUGCAGUAAUUGCAAGCAGCUGCUGUUAAUAACAGACUGUCUUACCAGUCUGAGCCACCAGAGGCCCUGUAACCUUGACUGUCCAAAAGUCUAACGAUAACAAUCCGACUUUGCUCCGGGCCUUUAUCUGCUUAAUAAAAUCCUAACUACAGGUACUCCUUGACUUAGGACCACAAUUUUGCCCAAAAUUUAGGUGGUUAAGUGAGACAUUUGUGAAGUGAGUUCGGCCCCGUUUUACGACUUUUCUUGCCACAUGUGUUUAGUGAAUCACUGCGGUUGUUAAGUUAGUAACACCAUUUUUAAGUGAAUCUGGCUUUCACAUUGACUUUGCUUGUCAGACGGUCACAAAAGGGGAUCACAUGACCCCGGGACACUGCAACCGUCAUUAAUAUGAACCCGUGGUCAAGCAUCCAAAUAUAAAUCAUGUGACCAUGGGAUGUUGUAACAGUCCUAAGUGUGAAAAAUAACAAUAGCAAUAGCAUUAGCACUUAUACACCACUGUAUACUGCACGAAUCAAGAAGAGGGCCGUGAAAAUAUUUGCAGAUCCCUCGCAUCCUGGACAUAAACUGUUUCAACUCCUACCCUCAAAAUGACGCUAUAGAGCACUGCACACCAGAACAACUAGACACAAGAACAGUUUUUUCCCGAAGGCCAUCACUCUGCUAAACAAAUAAUUCCCUCAACACUGUCAGACUAUUUACUGAAUCUGCACUACUAUUAAUCGUUUCAUAGUUCCCAUCGCCAAUCUCUUUCCACUUAUGACUGUAUGACUAUAACUUGUUGCUGGCAAUCCUUAUGAUUUAUAUUGAUAUAUUGAUCAAUUGUGUUGUAAAUGUUGUACCUUGAUGAACGUAUCUUUUCUUUUAUGUACGCUGAGAGCAUAUGCACCAAGACAAAUUCCUUGUGUGUCCAAUCACACUUGGCCAAUAAAAAAUUCUAUUCUAUUCUAUUCUAUUCUUUACAGUGUUUUACAGCCCUCUCUAAGCGGUUUACAGAGUCAGCCUCUUGCCCCCAACAAUCUGGGUCCUCAUUUGACCAACCUCAGAAGAUGGAAGGCUGAGUCAACCUUGAGCCUGGUGGGAUUUGAACUACCAAAUUGCAGGCCGCUGGCAGUCAGCAGACGUAGCCUGUAGUACUGCACGCUAACUACUGCCCCACCAUGGCUCAUGGUUAUGUCAUUUUUUUCAGUGCUGUUGUAACUUCCAACAGUCACUAAACGAACUGUUGUAACUCAAGGACCACCUGUACUGAAGAAAUGGAGGCAUGCUUAUUUACAUUCUUUCUGUUCCUUUUUAAACAACUAUCUUAACGCCUCACAACAGUAAACAUUAUGUGGGCAAAAGUAUAAAACAUACCCCUGAAAGUUUUGUUGGCUACUUCCUCUCGGUUCUGCUUAGUAUUUUGAAUUUAAACAACAUCAUAAAAAUACUGUAUUCACCUAUGCACUGUAGCCUGUUCCAUAAAGCAGCUUAUCGUUAAACCAAGGGACAAGUAAAUUAUCCAAUAAAGUGAUUCCAGGAGCCUUAAAUAUAACAAUCUGGAUGCUUUCUCUUUUUAGCAACUUGGAUGUUUUAGAACUCUGCAUAUUUCAGAAAUAUAUUGGCUAGAGUCAUGUGUGAGAAUAAUUGAUUCAUACUUUAUAUGGUGGCCCAAAAGCCCACCUUAUCAUUAAGUGAUAUUGCAAUUAAUUUGGGAGAAAGGCAGCCUGGAAAAUAUUAGUUUGCUCAAUUAUAUUGAAUAUGCCAUUCUGUAUGGAGAAUUUACCUAGAAAUUAAUAAAAAUAGCCUUGUGUUUCUUAUCUCAUGUUUUGCAUGUUUCAGAAAUUAUUCUGCUAUAUGGAAAAGCGGUAUGUGUUAUUUCUUUAGGCUGUUUUUAUGGUGUAAUGGUUAUUUUAUUAAUCUAAAGGCUAAAAUUUUCAUCUGUAUAUAUGAGAUGGGACAGAAGGAUAUGGACAAAUCUUUUAUUUUUGUACUGUAAUUUCACAAAUGAUGUAAACUAAUGCAAAA